UUCUCAAAUGUGGAUCGCUGUCAGGUUACCAUGCAACCUGAUAGAGCAUAGGCUGGAUCAUUUGUCUUUUCGCGAGUAAUACACGUAACUAGACACGCCAACGUAACUGUAUUUAUUUCCCUUCUAUAUCUAGUCAAGUUUGUGUCCCACACCGAGCCUUUUUUUUUUCUUUUUCUCGAAUAAAUUAGCUCACUUUACUGCAGACGCUAGUGUGCGGCAGUUAGCUAGCCGACGAGAGCGUCGUUUUAAGAAAAAGCUAAAACGUUCCUGCUGGGUUGGGUUUAAAUAAAGUGGCGUUACUGACUGUACUUUCUGUGACAUAAAAACACCGAGCUUGCAGAAUGAAUGUCGCUAAAAGUGGCUACCGUGUGUUUUCUGCAAACUCCUCCGUCGCUUGCACAGAGUUGGCUAAGAAGAUAACAGAGAGGCUGGGUGUUGAGCUGGGAAAAUCUGUCGUCUUUCAGGAAUCUAAUAGAGAGACAAGAGUUGAUGUGAAAGAGUCUGUUCGUGGGCAGACCAUCUUCAUUAUCCAAACCAUACCAAGAGAUGUCAACACAGCCAUCAUGGAGCUCCUUAUUAUGGCUUAUGCUCUUAAGACUUCCUGUGCAAAGAACAUCAUUGGAGUUAUUCCUUACUUCCCCUAUAGCAAGCAGUGCAAAAUGAGGAAGAGGGGCUCCAUAGUUUGUAAACUGUUAGCUUCAAUGUUGGCUAAAGCAGGAUUGACACAUAUCAUCACCAUGGACUUGCAUCAGAAAGAGAUCCAAGGCUUUUUCAGCUUUCCAGUGGAUAAUCUGCGAGCCUCCCCGUUUUUGAUUCAGUACAUACAAGAAGAGAUUCAUGAUUACAGAAAUGCUAUAAUUGUGGCAAAGUCACCUGCUGCAGCUAAAAGGGCUCAGUCCUAUGCAGAACGUCUCCGACUGGGUCUGGCUGUGAUCCACGGCGAGGCCCAAUGUGCCGAGUCGGACAUGGCCGAUGGAAGACACUCCCCGCCAUGUGUGCGCAACACCACAGGGCACACAGGACUGGAGCUGCCUACAGGCAAACAACAAGCUCCGUUCCCUGGCAUAGAGCUUCCAAUAAUGAUGGCCAAAGAGAAACCUCCGAUUACUGUAGUUGGAGAUGUCGGUGGAAGAAUCGCCAUAAUAGUGGAUGACAUUAUAGAUGAUGUAGGAGACUUUGUUGCUGCUGCAGAGAUCCUGAAAGAGAGAGGGGCGUAUAGGAUCUACAUCAUGGCCACUCAUGGUUUACUUUCUGCAGAUGCUCCUCGUCUCAUAGAGGAAUCCGCUAUUGAUGUGGUGGUUGUGACAAACACGGUGCCUCACGAGGUGCAAAAGCUACAGUGUCCAAAAAUCAAGACGGUGGACGUCAGCAUGAUAUUAGCCGAGGCCAUCCGCCGCAUCCACAACGGGGAAUCCAUGGCCUACUUAUUUCGCAAUAUUACAGUGGAUGACUAAGGAGUGUCAGUGACAGACGCCUCUGCACCUUUGCUAACAAAACGCUGUUCCACGUGUUGUUUUUGAAUGACAUGCAUACAUGUGUCCUGAUUCAGUUAAAGAACUUCUCAAAAAUCGACCAAAUAAUUUGUCUUCUUUCUAAAAUGUGUUUCGUUUUCUUUUGUUUGUUUGUUUGUUCCGUUUCUAAAAGAGAAAAGCCUUCAAAUCCAAGGCAAGCACGCCUCUAAAAGAGCAUAUUUUGAUGUUUUGAAAUGAAAGGCGAGGAUUGUAUGAAGUGGUGUCGUUGCUAGCAGCUGUUCAGAAACAUUGUGUACGGUUAGAUUUCAAUGGAGAAGUGAUCACAAGGUGUGGCCAUCCUGGAAGUAGUGAAACUGAAUACAGGAUGGGAAUCUGUGUUUGACAGAUGAGUGAGGUGUGACACCUGUUUCAGCUCCAUCAGCCUCCUCCGUAAUGUAAAUGAAGUCCGUGCCAAAGUCUAAGAAGCCGUACAGUGAGACAAAAACGCAUUUGAUAAUGCAGCUGGUCUCAGUGCGAUGCUUCACCGUACUAUAUUGAAUCUUGCCUUCCAUAGAUCAGUGUUUGCACAAAGGUAAAGCGGUUUAUGAGGUGUGGGGGGUUUACUUCGAUUACAAAAGAAAACAAAAUACAUGUAAAUCCAAAAAAACAACAACAAAAAAAACCCAAAUUAUAUUUAUAAUCCUAAUUUUGGUGAAUAUUUUUUCCCCACUUUUUCUUGCUCCUAACUUAAAUACCAGUUAUGCUUUUGUCAUACACUACAAAAGUUCAUAUUUUCAUGUUGAGCUUAAUCUGCAGAGAUUAGAUGGGCAAAUACAUUUAACAGCAUGUUGCUUUUAGCAAGAAAACCAAAGACACUCCAUUCUUUUUUUAUUUUUAUUUUUUGUUUAGUGACUGCUUUUUCAGAUUUUACCACAUUAUGUUGCCUCUUUAACUCACAGCAAAAUAUUUUACAGAAGCCUACAUGUAGGUCAAUUCCUUUCAGCUGUACAUACAGAAUUGAACAUUUAAAAACGGACCCCUAUUUCACACGGCAUUAGUUAAACCUAGUAUUAUACAAAUUUUUUAUUUUUUCUGUGAAAAGGAGCCCUGAAAGAAUGUGAUCCAUUCUUGUUUUGAUUAUUUAUAUUCUACUGAAUUCUAUGUUUUAAGAUGGAGCCACAGUCAUUUCAGAAAUACAUUGAAUUUAGGCCCAAAAAAAAGUGGAUUUUAGAUGCUGGAGGGCUGUUUCGCUUUGCUUACUUUUGGCUCAGGGAAUAUACUUUAGAGGCUAAUGCACAUUUAUUUGCUCCUGAGUUUUUCAGGUUGUGUACAUUACCUGCUGCACAUGUUUGAUUAAAAUAAUAGCAUUUUGGAAAAAUGUCUUCCACGCAGCAGAAAUGUGACUUGGCAAUGUGCUUUGGUUAAAAAAAAAAGGCUAGAUUUUUUUUUUCUUAAAAUAUUAAUAGAAGAACAUUUGAAAAUGUUGAGCUGAUUUUUGUGUAAGCAUGAAUCAAUGAAGUGACACUCCCAUUUAAGCUCUUAACUGCGUCUGUCUUGAAUGCAUUUGGAAACGUCUCCCCUGCAUUUACGGUCCCAGGUUUCCUCCGCUUCUGUCUGACUUUGUGUUUGUGAAUGUAAAUGAAAAUAAAGUAGCUGCCUCUUU